ACUGUCGGCAGCGUUAUAGUUUCUACACGAACACGGACCGUGUCAUGGUCAGUGACGUCAGCGCCACAACAUAACACGGACGAGGUUUCACGGUUAAAGUACGGACGGAAAAAAAAAAUCAGGUUAUAACGUUGUGGUUUAUAAAAGCUAGCGGGCCGUGCUGACCCGACAGGGACCAAAAGAAACCGAACGUACGAAACUAAAACACGAGCGAACUAUGAACCGAAGUAUUGUCCGCCUCUGAAAGUCAAGACGACAAGACAAACACCAGAAGGGCAUCAUGUUGAGCUUCCUUGGACUCCGGAAAGACUCCAAGAAGGCAACCCCAGAGAAGGAAGCGGAUGGAGGCUUUGUUAUCGUGGGAGAGCCGCCGGCGGAGCAGAGGAGGACGACGCAGAGCGGCAACAUCGCGCAGCCGUCCACCAACGUCAUCGUGCAGCCGUUCAGGCCGCCCUAUCCAGCUCCACCCGCCGGCACAACUCACCCGGCGCCGCCGCCGCCGACCGCCGUGGCGCCGGUCGCCGAGGCUCUCCCGGACCUCCUCGGGGACGUCCCCUUCACGCUGGCGCCCCACGUCCUGGCCGUGCAGGCGGCGCUGCCCCUCAUGCCCGACGUGCUGCUGUCCCGGGACGGGAACUACAACCUGGCGAGCUUCCAGUACGACUUCACUUUGGAGAACUCCGUGGUUCACAGCGCCUAGUCGGUCGGUCCCGGAGUCGGCGCUCUAGGGAACUCUGUCUGGCGUUGGGUAUUUGGGAGGUUCUGGCUGCGGCCCGCUGAACAAGUGGAUGUGAUUCUCUAGCAUUAGGAACAAGUAGAAGCUGACGUGAGACAUCAAACAGGUGGUAGAACUGUCGUAGACUCGUAUCCAUGUUCAUUGAACUCCAGACGAUGCAUUGGAACGGGAGCUGGCCGUGCAGCCCGCGACGGGAGAACCUCUAGAGACCCGGGUAUAUGCCGGUUCCUCGUCGCGUGGCUCUCCGUUGGGCCGGCCGGUGACUUCCUGUCCGAUACAAGCUGCGGUCUGAAGGGAUGGGACCUCCUUGUCCAGUUCCUCUGCAGACGACACAAUGUCCUCUGGCUCUUACUUUGGGUUUAUAGCCGUUCCGAAGACCUUCGCACUCAUCACGGAACUUUUCUGAAAUCUGGAAACAUUGCGACAAAAAAAAUAAAAAAGCCCAAAAUGAUAUUAUCUGAAGACAAGUACCGUGAGUACGGAAGGUCCAAUGAACCGUGGUGGAUGUUCGGGGUUCUAAUGCUACCGCUCGCCUCUUCCGAUACGUCGGCCUGACCCGGUGACCUUGUUGGCGACCCAGACAGGUGUUACGGCUCACGCUCGGGUUCAUGUUUGCUUAUUUUCACAUUUUAUUCAACCUUUCCCUCCUAACUCUUCCGGUCUUCGUGGGUCUCUAGCUGUUGGGCUCCAGUUCUGUUGGUGGGUCUUGAAGACCCGGGUGCGAGCCGGGUUCAGGUCGCAGCUUUACGUCUCCUGCCUCAGUUUUGCCCGAUCUCAGCAAAUACCUUUGAGAGUACAGUGUGUUUAUCACGGAUAUGAAUGGUGGCCAGAACCACAAGAACCCGGUUCUCUAAAUUGUAAAUAGUACUUUCAGUGACGGUUGAUAUUAGAAGUUUAGUAGUCCGACAACACAUAUCAUUCAUCAUGGAUGGACUAUACAGCAUCACCACUUUUACUAACCCCAGCUCUUGUGUGAUAUUUCGACAUGGUUCAUGUUGCUCCCUGGAUUUGGCCUUCCAGCGUAAUCUACUGCCAGCUUUUUGUUUAUUGUGUUCUUUGUUUUGUCUUCCUCUGUUUACAACACACACACAGACAGACACACAUAUAUACGUCCCACUACCCGUUUUACUUGCCAUGCCAGCAUGUCCUGUGCUCUGUCUAGAAGAGAGGAAGCUGACUGUUGUUUACAGGUAAACCAUGAAUGCGGUCGAUGAGGACGCUCUGAACCGAGCGGCCCGGUUCUCCUCACUGCUGCUCUGACUGCUGAGGCUUUUAUUGUGAAACAUCUGCUCACUGAUAGUUGCAUCACAUCAAAAAGAAGGAAAAACAAAAAAAGCAGUGGAGGAGAUUGAAGAUGAUUGUAUGAAACUAGUGUAAGUUAAAAUCCUGUAGUUUGCUCGAUUGUCUCCGUUACCAGGGUGAUUUUGGUUUUGAUUUAUUUUGCAAAUAGCUCUAGAAAUAUACAUAAUUUCUGCUGGGAAGAGGAAACGCAUUUGCAUAGACCCGAGUGUACCCAGUAAUUUACCAAAUACUGUAUUUGUACCUCUUGAUUGUUUGUACAGACAAAUUUUGGUCCUAUCGAACCGGUUGUGCCUUUUUAAUAUACAGUAUUUUAGAAGUAAGCGUUCAGACACCUGUUAACUAAGAUUGUCCUCCUAAACCAUGUUAUUAUCAAAGUGCACAUCUGUUGGCAUUUACAAAUAAAGUUUAAGAGCAUUGUCUAA